GCAGUAGAAAAAGUAAGUGCAACAGAGGUGAUGGACUUAAUCCAGUAAGAGUGACAAGGAACACACACACACUCCUCCUUUGGGCUGAGAAGAGCAAGCUGACCAUGCUGUUGGACUUUCACUGCCUUCAAAACCCCACACUCACUGAGGAACCCACAUCCACUUCUCUUAACAGAAAUAUCUACUGAUCCUCUGAGUUCUUCAAAGCCCAAGGACUUUACAAAUUAUGACCACUUCUCUUAAACUCUUUAAAAUACUAUAACAUUUUCUUGAAGACUAAAGAAUUUCUACUAACACCUCAGAUUUAAGGGAUACUUCUGGCUUUAUAUAUAUAUAUAUAUAUAUGUUUAAUUCUAAGGACUUUUCAGUUUUUUAUUUAUUUAUUUUCCUUAAGAAAAUGGCUUGGAGCGACUGGUACUUGUCUAAGUCCUGGGCAAGGUUUCACAGGCUCUGCAUCCCCACACAGACAGAGAUGUUUAAUUGAGGGCUUUAAGACUGAAGACCUUUUCACUGGCACAGAGGACACACUAAAAAAAGAGACAGUGGGGGAUUACAACAGAGAGAUAGUGGGAAGAGCAAAGAGGGAAACCCCACCGAGAAAUCUCUCCAAACUGUGAUGACUCUUUUUACAGAAGCACUUUAAACAGAUUCUCCAGGACACUGACGGAUUUGAAGAGGGUGCUGUGCAGUAAACUGGAAUAAUCUGGCCUGUGAGGUAUAUGUGGUCAUGGAUCUUCUUGUAUGGCUGAUGUUGCUCCUGGUAAGUGGACCAUUUCCUGAAAUGGAGGCGAGCACUCAGGAGUUUGACAGCAGUUAUGAAGGUCCAGAGGCUGAAUUCCUGUCAACCUCUCGCACACGGCGGGCCCCUGAGCCUCCUCCACAAGACAAGUGUUCCUACACCUUCAUUGUACCCCAACAGAAGGUUACUGGAGCCAUCUGUGUGAACUCCAAGGAGCCUGAGGCUGUGCUGGAGAACCGUGUCAAUAAGCAGGAGCUGGAACUUCUCAAUUCUGAGCUCCACAAGCAAAAGAGACAGAUAGAGACUCUACAGCAGCUAGUAGAAGUCGAUGGUGGCAUUGUCAAUGAGGUAAAGCUUUUGCGCAAGGAGUCCCGUAACAUGAAUUCCAGAGUGACGCAGCUGUACAUGCAGCUGCUGCAUGAGAUCAUCCGCAAGAGGGACAACACAUUGGAGCUGUCACAACUGGAGAAUAAGAUUCUUAACCAGACCUCUGAGAUGCUGCAGCUCACGAACCGCUAUAAAGAUCUGGAAUAUAAGUAUCAGCACCUUGCCUCACUGGCCAAUAACCAGUCAGCACUCAUUGCCUUGCUUGAGGCACAGUGUCAAAGGGGACCACCAGUUAUAGCCUCAAGAGUACCAGUCCAGCCUCAGCCCCAACCUCAACCAAGACCCUCAUCACCCAUCAAUAAGCCCGUCCAACCACAUACCUAUAGCCGCAACAACCAGAUCACCAACGAGAUCCAGAGCGAUCAGAACCUUAAAGUGCCACCUGCUCCACCUCCCACCAUGCCAGGUGGAACUCACAGCCCGUCUACAACAAACAAACCUUCAGGUCCCUGGAAGGAUUGUUUGCAGGCUCUGGAGGAUGGCCACACUAACAGUGGCAUGUACCUCGUGAAGCCUGAGAACACCAACAAGCUGAUGCAGGUGUGGUGUGAUCAAAAACAGGACCCUGGCGGCUGGACGGUCAUCCAGAGAAGAAUGGACGGAUCUGUCAACUUUUUUAGAAACUGGGAGACAUAUAAGCAAGGUUUUGGAAACAUAGAUGGAGAAUACUGGCUGGGUCUGGAAAACAUUUAUUGGCUAACCAACCAGGGGACCUAUAAGCUGCUGGUCACCUUGGAGGACUGGUCUGGUCGCAAGACAUUUGCAGAGUAUGCAAGUUUCCGCCUGGAGCCUGAGAUGGAUUUCUAUAGGCUGAGAGUGGGCCAUUACCAUGGCAAUGCCGGUGACUCUCUAACUUGGCACAACGGGAAGCAGUUCACCACUCUAGACCGGGACCAUGACAUGUACACAGGCAAUUGUGCCCACUACCAAAAGGGAGGCUGGUGGUACAAUGCCUGUGCCCACUCAAAUCUGAACGGCGUGUGGUACAGGGGAGGGCACUACCGCAGCCGGUAUCAGGAUGGAGUGUACUGGGCUGAAUUCAGAGGAGGCGCCUACUCCCUCAAGAAGGUUGUUAUGAUGAUACGACCCAAUCCCACCUCCUUCCACUAAGCAGCACACAAAACAGGGAAUGAACUUAAUAUUGCACCACAUGGUCCCUUUCCACUUUAUAAAGUGCAAUUCAUUUAGACUGUGUUUUUUUUUUUAAUUGUUUUGAGUCCUACAUAGCUAGGUAAUAUACUGUAUGUUGCUAAAGGACAAGAAUUGUUAUGGCUGACAGAACUGAAACUGCAUGGGACAAAGAACACCAAAGGAAUGCUUUUAGUUUAUUGGAACUCACUUCUAUAAACAGAAAUGAUUUGUUCCUUGGUUUGACCUGUUUCCCUUGUUUUAACAUUUUUCAGAAGUCAUUUGAACAAAAAUAUAUAAUGUACGUGAUAUGCUUUAUCACUAAAGCAUUUUGUGCAACAGUGCAACUGUGACUUUGUGUAGAUUAAAUUGUGUAGAUAAACAUGAGCAGUACUCAUUAAUUUUUUACAAAUAAGACACAGGACAUCCAGUCCAGUAAUAAACAAUGUAUGCUUUUCGAGUUUAUUCAAAACUAAGAGAAUAUACAGUAUGUUUCCUGAUGAUAUCAAUUAUUUCAGGGAUAUCAUUUUUGAAAAUUCAAAUAAAUUUAAUAGGUUAAAAUUAUGAACAAUAAUAACAGGAAAACAGAGAAAAAAAGUGCUCCAUAUAAAAACUGUAUUUACUGUGUAAAUUAGCUGUUGGUAUCAAAUGAAGAUGAUAUAAUUGCAAUAUUGUUGAAAAUAAUGUGUAAUUUGUAAAUAACUGAUUUCCCUCAGUAUUGUCAAACUGCUGCAAUAAAGGAUGUACAGCUACA